AUGUUUGGUUUGGUGGAGAGGGGAGGGGGGGAGUGGUUUGGUGGAGAGGGAGGAGAGGGGGAGUGGUUUGGUGGAGAGGGAGGGGAGGGGGAGUGGUUUGGUGGAGAGGGAGGAGAGGGGGAGUGGUUUGGUGGAGAGGGAGGAGAGGGGGAGUGGUUUGGUGGAGAGGGAGGAGAGGGGGAGUGGUUUGGUGGAGAGGGAGGAGAGGGGGAGUGGUUUGGUGGAGAGGGAGGGGAGGGGGAGUGGUUUGGUGGAGAGGGAGGGAGAGGGGGAGUGGUUUGGGGAGAGGGAGGAGAGGGGGGAGUGGUUUGGUGGAGAGGGGAGGGGGAGUGGUUUUGGUGGAGAGGGGAGGGGGGAGUGGUUUGGUGGAGAGGGGAGGGGGGAGUGGUUUGGUGGAGAGGGGGGGGGGGAGUGGUUUGGUGGAGAGGGGGGGGGGGAGUGGUUUGGUGGAGAGGGGAGGGGGAGUGGUUUGGUGGAGAGGGGAGGGGGGAGUGGUUUGGUGGAGAGGGGAGGGGGGGAGUGGUUUGGUGGAGAGGGGAGGGGGAGUGGUUUGUUGUGCUUGGUUACCCGGGAUACGGGCUCCUGUGGUCCGCUCCCCUCAGCUUCUUCACACAACAUCUCACUGCUCCUCCUCAGACGUGA